CAAAACCGCGGUGGAUCACGUCGGGCGCUUGAGAGAGAGAGAGAGCGAGAGAGAGAGAGAGAGAGGGCAGAGAACCGGUUUUAGAUCGAGUUUCAACGAGUACAUACACAAUUCUUGAUUAUUUGAUAAUUCAGCAAGUACAUCGCAGAUGGAUCGAAACCAGGAGACCAGGGAAAACUACGCUAACCCAAGGACAUGUUUCUUUCAUGUUAUCUUCAAGGCUGCAGCAUUGGCCUUCUAUAUUCUCUCAGCUCUCUUCUUCAAUAGCUUUGUUAUUAUCUUCGUGGUUACUGUUUUUUUGGCGGCUCUUGAUUUCUGGGUUGUAAAGAAUGUUAGUGGACGGAUAUUGGUUGGUUUGAGAUGGUGGAAUGAAAUAAACGAACAAGGGGAAAGCGUAUGGAAAUUUGAAUGCCUGGAUCACGAGUCUCUUGCUCGCAUGAAUAAAAAAGAUUCCUGGCUUUUCUGGUGGACAAUUUACCUCACUGCUGUUGCAUGGAUUGUUCUUGGAAUAUUUUCCCUCAUUAGGUUCCAAGCAGAUUAUGUACUUGUGAUUAGUGUUUGUUUAACCCUCAGUAUUGCAAACAUUGUUGGAUUCACUAAAUGUCGCAAAGAUGCCAAGAAACAGAUCCAGCAAUUUGCUUCACAGACAAUUGCAUCACAGUUCUCAUCAACAUUACAAUCUGCCUUUAGCCUGGUGUGAGCCAUAAACUUAGAAGGGAAGGAGAGUUGUAAAUUGAAGCCUGCCUUGGUUUUUUCUACCAAUUUUUGUUCAAUUUCAUUGGGCAUCAUAUGUUUUCUAUCACCUAUGCACGUUUAUUAUUUCAACCUUGAAAUCAGAAAUGUGGAUACUUUUAGUAAUGAAAAACAACUAAGUUUUACUAGUGCUA